CAACUUAUUAAUACGGCCACGUCGCCCUGCCUAUCCAAGCCAGUCAAGCCCGGCGUCGAACACCCUGCGCGCAGACCCCUUGCCGCCGCUGCGUCCUCUCCUCCUCCCGCGUCGCACGCACCGCACCCACUCGCGCACCGAUGGCGUUCGCGCUCAAGGCCUCCUCGUCCUCCUCCGUCGCCGCUUCCUCGGCGGCGGCGUCGUCGGCCUCGUUCGCCGCCUCCGCGGCGCCAAGGGGGCGCCGCGCCGCGCCGAGGAGGGUCUCGUUCCGCGGGGCCGCGCCCAUGGUCGCCAUCAGGGCGGAGGCGUCAGCCACCGCCGCCCCGGUGGCCGGGGACAGGCUCACCAUCUCGGGCACCUUCUCCAAGCUGAAGGAGCAGGGCAAGAUUGCAUUCAUUCCAUUCAUCGUUGCUGGUGACCCUGACUUGGCAACUACAGCGAAAGCAUUGAAGGUUCUUGAUGCGUGUGGUUCAGAUGUGAUUGAAUUGGGUGUGCCUUAUUCUGAUCCAUUGGCUGAUGGCCCUGUUAUUCAGGCUUCCGCUACACGUGCGCUAACAAAAGGCACCACAUUUGAGGAUGUUAUCUCUAUGGUAAAGGAGGUGGUACCUAGUCUGUCCUGCCCCCUGGCGCUUUUCACAUAUUAUAACCCAAUUUUGAAGCGUGGUGUGGCAAAUUUCAUGUCUGUUGUAAAAGAAGCUGGUGUGCAUGGUCUUGUGGUACCUGAUGUUCCUCUGGAAGAGACAGAUAUUUUGAGAAGCGAGGCUGCCAAGAACAACCUAGAGUUGGUGCUACUGACAACACCAACUACACCAACCGAAAGGAUGGAGAGGAUCACAAAGGCUUCAGAAGGAUUUGUUUAUCUUGUAAGCACUACUGGAGUUACAGGUGCACGCUCGAACGUAAGUUUCAAGGUUGAAGCUCUUCUUCAGGAAAUCAAGCAGGUCACAGACAAAGCUGUGGCUGUUGGCUUUGGUGUGUCAACUCCAGAGCAAGUGAAGCAGAUCGCAGGAUGGGGUGCAGAUGGUGUGAUCGUUGGGAGUGCAAUGGUGAGGCAGUUGGGUGAAUCUGGUUCUCCAGAAGAAGGAUUGAAGAAACUAGAAGAAUUAGCCAAGAACCUAAAGGCCGCAUUUCCAUGAAACAUGCAGUUUCGUGGGGGGAAAGCACAUAAGUAUCAUUUUUUGUAGUCUGCUUUAAAGUGUAGCAUUGGAAGCUGCGCUUUUCCGUGUUUAGGUUUUGGAGGUUGCUGUUGUGUGGUGCGAAUAAUUGUAUCCUUAUCUUGAAUGCUCGAAUGAAUAAAUCAAGGUUGAAGUUAUAAAUGCUGCAAAAGAUAGUGUCUACUA